GGUUCAGUUUACAGCUAGACCACCGUACGGUAACGACAAGUCGAAGCCCCCCCGUGUUCGUCCCUGAUACCGUUCGUCUUUAUCCGAGGACUCGCCGAGUCGAAUUUUCCACGUCAAAGCAGAAUCUGCCAAGGAAAGGAUAACAUGUCGGUCAACUUGAGAAGCGUUCUCAUCAGCGAUCCCGUGGACGAGUCUUGCGGCGCUCUGCUGGUCGAACAUGGCAUUCCAAUCACGACAAAAUACAAACUGCCGAAGGAUGAACUGAUCAGCGAGCUACAGAAACAUGACGCGCUUAUCGUCCGCUCCGAGACGAAAGUGACGGCGGACAUUAUCGCCGCGUGCCCGAAUCUUCGCGUGGUCGGACGCGCCGGUACCGGAGUCGAUAACAUUGAUCUUCAGGCUGCCACGCGUAAAGGGGUCAUCGUAUUGAACACACCUGGUGGCAAUAGCAUUAGCGCUUGCGAGCUAACGUGCGCUUUAAUAUCCGCGUUAGCGCGUAAUGUGGCUCAAGCGGCGCAAUCGCUGAAGGAGGGCCGAUGGGACCGGAAGCUGUACUCCGGUUAUGAGCUGUCCGGCAAGACCCUCGGGAUCCUCGGGAUGGGCCGCAUAGGCCGCGAGGUAGCUCACAGGAUGCAAGCCUUCGGCAUGAACGUCGUCGCUUUCGACCCCGUCGUGAGUGCCGAGGCCGCCGCCGAGCUCGGGAUUAAAAAGCUCAAUCUGGAGGAAAUAUGGCCCGUGGCAGACUAUAUCACCGUCCACACGCCGCUCAUACCUCAAACCAGAAAUUUAAUCAAUGCGACGACUUUGGCGAAAUGCAAGAAUGGAGUUAACAUCAUCAACGUCGCACGUGGCGGCAUUGUUGACGAGGAGGCUCUCUUAAAUUCGCUCAAGUCCGGUCAUUGCGGCGGAGCUGCUCUGGAUGUCUUUAUGGAGGAGCCGCCGAAGAAUCCGAUCACCUUGGAGCUCAUCAAACACCCGAAAGUUAUCCCGACCCCUCAUCUCGGCGCCAGCACGGCGGAGGCUCAACAACGGGUGGCGGUGGAGAUCGCCCAGCAAUUCCUCGCCCUGUCCGGCAAGUCGACCGAAUACGCCGUCACCGGUAUUGUGAACGCCCCGGUUUUGACCGCUGCUAUGACGAACGAGAACGGACCGUGGAUAGAGCUGUCGAAGAAACUGGGCCAAUUAGCCGGUCGCUUCCUCAAAGGCAAGCUCAACACGACCGUGCAUAGCCAGACCGUGGGCGCUGGUAUGCAAGACAAGCGAUUCAUACACACAGCCGUGUUAGUCGGCAUAUUAACCGGCCAGACGAAAAACGGCCUGAACCUGGUUAACGCGCCGACCCUCGCGCAGGAGAUCGGCGUAGAAUUGCAAGAGAGCCACGUGGACGACGACAACCGAGCGGUUGUCGUGAAAGUCGGACAGCAUGUCAUCAAAGGAACUGUGCGCGACAACGAAUUGCUGCUACUGGCUUUGGACGACGCGGUCUUCGUGAACGGCAUCGCGCUCAGAGACCACAUUUGCCUGUACCGUGCGAGCAGGGUGCAGGAUCUCGCCAACAUCGUGAACGUCUUCUCCUCGAAGGCCAUCAAUAUCCACAACUUGAACGCCAACGGCAGUUGGUUGAUCAUCCAGACCGGUCAGGAGGUAUCGAUUCCCGUUGACGGAAUUGACAGCUUCUGAACGUUUUUCUUAAGAGAAAGGGAUGAAGAGAGAGAGAGAGAGAGAGAGAGGAUGCAGAGAAAAGCGUCGACAAUGAGCGAUCCUCACGAAGACGGGAGGGAUGCGGAGGCACUGAUGAAUCCAGUAUUGCUCGAUUGUUAGAAACGCGCGGCGAGCUCUUACGCUCUUCUAUCGACGCGCCUCUUUUUAUAAUUACAUAAAUCUUCUCAUUCGUUAAAUCAUUAUUUAUUACCCGAUUAAAGCGGACGGAUCGGAAAUGUCGAGGUGAAAAUAUUGCUAUUAAUACAUUACGUAGACGAACGAUAAGUAUUUUUUUUUUUUGAUUCUCCUUUUCUUUUAAGAAGAAAACUACAUAAAAAGUAGUCCGUGAAAUAUUUUCGUCCGAUUGCGUGCGGAAAUACCGUCAAUUAUAUACGAGACAUUAUUAACCCUUUGCGCUCGAGGCCUUUUUCGCUCGAGCGAACCAGCAACUCGAGAGGAAUUAGCUGCUCCCGCUUAUUUCAUGAGUUUUUUACAGUUAACUUAAAAUGAUUUUUGACACAAUAUAACACUUUAAACUUGUAUAUUUUAACAUUUUACAUAUCUUCAUAGUUCAAAGAAAGACAUUUGUUAAAUGUAGCCAUUACCUCAUAAGAUUACACACAAAGGGCUAGGAGUAGAAGCGAUAUUCGUUAAAUCUAAAUAAACACCGUUAUCGCUCGAUUUGCCGCCUCGAUCCGAGUGGUGCCUGAGAGGCACCUCUCGAGCGCAAAGGAUUAAAACUUAUAUCGCACUCUUACGCACGCACGCACGUACGUCAAGAUAAAAAUGUAUAAAAAAGGGUAUAUAUAUAUAUACAUAUAUGUAUAGCAUAUGUCCGCGUAUAACUAUUUAUAUUUUUGUAUUAUUAUUAGAGAGUUUGUUAAUAAAACAUCACAUUUUAUCAAAUCACCGGUUCCAGUUCAAAUUGUACGGCCGGCAUCGGGAGAGCCCGCGACUAGCGCGCCCAUGUCUCUACAAACAAAGCGUCUCUCUUGUACAAAAGGGAACGGCAACUACUCUAAUCGUAGAAAGAGUCGAUCUCGCCUCGUAAGUGCUAAUAUAUUGGUCAAAAAGUUAUAAAAAAUAUAACAUUUGUAGCUCCUCGAAAAAUAGUAUAUCCAUGAAAAUGGCCGACUCCAGCGUGCAAGAGGCUCUCCCGAUGUCGCAAUAUAUUCGUAUAAUCUUACAAACAUGAUAAUACAUACAUCGAUUACAUCAG